AUGAGGGACCCAGGCGGGGACGAACUGAGGCAACGAGAGAUGAGGGGACCGGACGGGAACGAGCUGACGGGAACGCGGGAGCUGGAACUGGAGCUGAGGGCAGACGGGAACGAGCUGAGGGAGCUGGAGCUGAGGAACAGCGGAGGCGAGGAGAGGGAGCUGGAACUGAAACUGAGGGACAGCGGGAACGAACUGAGGGAGCUGGAGCUGAGGGACAGAGGGAACGAGCUGAGGGAGCUGGAACUGGAGCUGAGGGACAGCGGGGACGAGCUGAGGGAGCUGGAGCUGAGGGAGCUGGAACUGGAGCUGAGGGACAGAGGGAACGAGCUGAGGGAGCUGGAACUGGAGUUGAAGGACAGCGGGGACGAGCUGAGGGAGCUGGAACUGGAGCUGAGGGACAGCGGGGACGAGCUGAGGGAGCUGGAACUGGAGCUGAGGGACAGCGGGGACGAGCUGAGGGAGCUGGAACUGGAGCUGAGGGACAGCGGGGACGAGCUGAGGGAGCUGGAGCUGAGGGAGCUGGAACUGGAGUUGAAGGACAGCGGGGACGAGCUGAGGGAGCUGGAACUGGAGCUGAGGGACAGCGGGGACGAGCUGAGGGAGCUGGAACUGGAGUUGAAGGACAGCGCGGGGGAGCUGAGGGAGCUGGAACUGGAGUUGAAGGACAGCGGGGACGAGCUGAGGGAGCUGGAACUGGAGCUGAGGGACAGCGGGGACGAGCUGAGGGAACCGGCCGGCUGAGGGAAGCAGGGCGGCCCUGAAGGGCGUGCGGGAGCGGGCUGAGGGGGAGCCCGACCAGUGCAAGCCCUGAGGGAGCCCAGGUUUGUGUGGCUGGGUGAGCGCAGAGGGCGGAUUCCCGUAAAUUGAGGGAUGCAGUUGUGUGAAUCUCCAUGGUCUUUCACGGCAUCAUCCAGGAGAAAUUCCAGAGGGGAAGAUAAAGGCACUGGCAGAUGAAGUCUAGUCCAAGACGAAGCAGAAAAGCAGUGGAAGAGGAAAAUGGAAGACCUUUGAGCCAAGUUCACGCCCCGCUGAUGCUGUUGAGUAGCUGCACAUGUAUUUAUAACAUCCUAGUCUGAACAGUUUUAUCAUUCUUG